GAAAGAAAAAAAACAAAAGUGUAAAUUAGUGUUAAAAACAAACCAAAGCCAAUUUUUCAUACAGUUGGAUAGUGAAAAAUGGCUGAAAAUUAAAAAAAACAAUACCAAAAAUUUUACUAAAAAAGCAAUUUUAAACAACUCACCCAUGGAUAGAGUUAAAAAAAUGCUUAAAAUUAAUAAAUAAUAUUUAACCAUACGGUGGGAUAGUGGUUAAAUAUAUAAAUAAAAUAAAUUUAACCAAAAAAAAUAUAUAAAACAUAAAAUUAAAACCAUUUCUAACAAUUAACAAUGCCCAGCUAUGAAUUUAACAACUAUGUUUAUAUUGUAUAUACGAAAAUAAAUCCACAACACAGCAACCCUGUUAACGUAACAACAAAACGUAUAUUCUUUUGACGUAACUCCUCUCGCUACUACGCGUUGUUGUUUUUUAACGAAGUAAAAAGAAACAAGAUUGUAUUAAAAAAAAUAAGUGAUAAAUAAUUGUAUUUAAUAAAUAAAACCCAUGAUAAAUGUUGAGAAAUUAUGCAAAGGUCUACAGAAGACGUAUCACCACCGAACUUUUCAGAACGGAACAGUGGCUACUAUGAACGCAAUUCUCGUUUAGUUACUGAAACUGAUUCCUAUCUAAGGCGUUCAAAUAACAAUAGUUAUCAAAGUAGUAGCAGCAGUAGCAAUACAAAUAAUAACAACAGUAGUAGCAGUAGUAGUAGUAAUAAUAAUAAUAAUAGUUCUUCAAAUAAUCCCGAUAAUAGAAGUCGUACAAGAGAUAAAUUAUAUAGAAAUGGUCCUAACGCUGUGGGAGUGUCAACAACAACAUCUGGUUCUUCAGCAGCAACAUUGUUAAGUGAAAGAACCUCAAGUGGCGCCAGCAGCAACAAAAUCAAUAAUAGCCGUGUACCGCCUACGUCAUGGUACGAAGCUGCUGCGACGUAUACAAACGGUCCUGGUGGCAGUGGCAAUGCCGACGUCUCAGCAGCAAAAAUCAAUCACUAUCAAACUGCCGCCUCAACAGAAUUACAAACAACAACAGCAGCAGCAACAACAAAUUCCACCACAACCUCAUCCUACACCGCAUAUUCCUACGCUUCUUCACCUGCCCACAACAACAACAACAACAAUCAGAACCACAAUACAGCAACCGGGACGACGACGACGUCGUCAUCAUCACGCAAUUCAACGUUUUACGGCAAAGAUACAGACAAAGAUUCCGAAGCGAAUUUGUCCACAACGCCGCCAUUGUUAAAUAAAAAUAAACAGAAACUUUUAAAAUCUUCAUCGUUACGCAGUGGUUCAUCAUCACCGACAGCAUCAUCCACAACAACGACGUUUAUAGGUGGGGUGUCAGGCGCUGGGUUGGCUACAAUGACUUCGUCCUCGUCAACUGCAGCCUCUGCGUCGUCAUCCGCGUCGUCCUCGUCACUAUCAUCGACCUCUAACAAUAAUAUUAAUAGCAGAAGUAACCAAACGGCAAAUAAUAGUUGUAGUAGCGUUAGUAGUACAAUCAAUAGUAGUAAUACAAAUACAAAUAAUAAUAAUAGUUUAAGCGGCAACAGUAGUAGUGUAACCAGUACAGAUAACACACAUAGUGGCAGUGGAAGUGGCAACGUUAGCGGGAUUUUAAAUGCCGCCGCGUUGGCAGCUGCUGCUUCAAAAGGUGGUUCUUCGUCAAAUGAGGGCCAUAAAAAUCAUAAUAGUAGUGGUGGUAUUGCAAAUUCCUCGUCUAAUGCAACUGCCUCUGGCAACACCUCUUCCAAUAAUCCAUCAACAUCCGCCUCGCAUCAUACAUCGCGUUCGGCGGCGCAUGCGCAUUUUCAUGGACGCAGCACUACUUCAUCAAGCCGUUCGCAUUCCCGUUCGCCGAGUAGCUAUAGUUCGUCUCACAGCUCUUCGUCAUCGUCCUCUUCAACCGCCUCGUCACAUUCACACGCCUCCAGUCCGGUGGGCGGCCGAGAUGUGGAAACCUCAUCUAUAACCCACGUAUCGAGCAGCCGAUCUGGAUCGCGUAGUUUACAAUCGGCUGUCGCAGUGCCUGGCACAUCGUCGUCCGGUCUAAAUCAUCCCAGUGGCUCAAAUGUGUGUGGCAGUAGUAGUAGCAGUACAAGUUCAACUAGCUCUGGUACACCUACUGGCAACCCUGUUGUACAUUCCGAAGACAAUCGUCCCCUGGCGAUACGUGUCCGCAAUUUACCCGCCCGUUCCUCGGACACAUCUCUCAAGGAUGGCCUUUUUCACGAGUAUAAGAAGCAUGGAAAAGUGACGUGGGUCAAGGUGGUGGGACAAAAUGCAGAACGUUACGCUUUGGUAUGUUUCAAGAAACCCGAAGAUGUGGAAAAAGCUUUAGAGGUAUCUCAUGAUAAACUAUUUUUUGGCUGUAAAAUAGAGGUAGAACCAUACCAGGGCUACGAUGUCGAAGACAACGAGUUUCGCCCUUACGAAGCCGAACUGGACGAAUAUCAUCCAAAAUCCACACGUACCUUGUUUAUUGGUAAUUUGGAGAAGGAGAUCACGUCCAAUGAGUUGAGACAACAUUUCGAAUGCUUUGGCGAAAUAAUUGAAAUUGACAUUAAAAAGCAGGGCAUGUCUGCUUAUGCAUUCUGUCAGUAUUCCGAUAUUGUAUCUGUGGUGAAAGCCAUGCGCAAAAUGGAUGGAGAACAUUUGGGUAACAAUCGCAUUAAAUUGGGUUUUGGCAAAUCAAUGCCCACCAAUUGCGUUUGGAUUGAUGGUAUUGGAGAAAAGAUUUCUGAGUCACAUUUGCAAUCUCAGUUUUCGAGAUAUGGCGCGGUCAGCAAAGUUGUGGUGGAUCGCCAAAGGCAACUGGCUUUGGUGUUGUAUGAACAGAUACAAUACGCACAGACGGCAGUCAAAGAGAUGCGUGGAGCCACCUUAAGAGGUCGUAAACUUCAAGUGGACUUUGCGUCAAGGGAAUGUCAAGAUGCGUUUUAUGAGAAGCUUGAAAAACAAAGUGCAGGAUCGCGUUUUAAUCGCUAUGAAUCACAAUCCCGAUCCCGUGCUUCGUCAUUUAGUCGUCACCAAAAUUCGAAUGAUGGCUGUUCACCUGGUAACACUCCGGGUAGCAGCAGUAGUAGCAGUGCCGGAGUACCAUCAUCAGCACCAGCUCUAUCAUCAGCCAUAGUAACGGGAUCAUCUGCUCUCUCAAACACCGCCAGCUGCAAUACUCUAGCCUCAGUAGUGGGUCAGGCAUCUGGCAAUACAACGCCUGCACGUAGUCGUGGUUCUCGAAGUUCUAGACACACAAUGGAUUACGAGUACCUAGAUACACGUAGAUUUCGUUCCUGUGAUGAAUAUAGUCAGGGUUCCGCAACAUCGCACGAUGAAGACAACUCGGCUGUUAAUCAUCCGUCAACCAAUACGAACUCGUACAGUGGUAUUGGUCUACGGUCCGAUUCACCUCUACUUUCACGACUGGGCCCUAUAGUUAAUACUAGUGGCAAGGAAUCAAGUAGUGAAAUGUUGGAGUUGGCUUUGAGCCGUCGUCGUUGUGAUAAAAGUCCCAAAGGUGAUAUACGUUUAUUUCAAAAAGAACGUGCUGUUCUGCUGGAACAACUUGAAGAAUGCCCGUCCAGUGGUGAUGAGAGUAUAGUGAGUCCACGUAAACGCAUUAAAAUUGAUCAUCAUUCCAUUAACUCCUCAAGUGGAUUGACACAAUCUCACUCGAUGGAUGAACAACAACCACAACAUAAAAACUCAAACUGUGAUUACUUAUUAAAUGAUCCAAUGCACCGUAAAAGUGAGGUUAGACGGCUGUCUGAAUGCAAUAGCAGUCUCAACAAGUAUCCAACACCUCAACAAAAUCACCACCACUCUCAUCAUGCGGUACCACCUCCGCCACCUCAUCAUCACCAUCAUCAACAACAGCUAAGUCGUCGACCGUCCAUUGAUUUUAUGGCGACAAGUGGUGGAGUGGCAGGUGGCAUAAGCAGCUUGUCAACACGUCAUAACAGUACUAGUAGUUCAAACAGUGAUCAUCACCCGCCACCUCAUCAAUCUUCUUCGUCAUCAUCUUCUUUGGCAUGUAAACGGCGACGUGUUAUUGGUAGCAGCAGUAAUGCAAUUGUUACGUCAAGUUCUCUGCUGUCGGGUUCUACUGGCGGCAACUCAAACUUGUCCUCGUUUGGUAAUGAUGAUUGCCACCAUCAUACAUCGAGAGGUCGUGGUCACCAAUUACAUUCCCAUCAUUCGCAUGAGGCUAGUGGGGGCGAAAGUGCGGAUGGUUCACGACCGGGCACUCCCUUAUGCGAUGAACGUCCCGAAGUUUUGCCUAGUGAACCCAGACGUGUUCCUCGCGAAAGACCACGAGAACCAAUGGUAUUGCCUUUGCCAAAGUUCGGUAUACAAUUCUUUCAUCAGUACCGAAACAGCAUUGCUGCAGGAAAUACACCGAUCUACCAUCACAUGGGCGGCAGUUUUACAAGUUCUUCUGCUGCUGGUGGAAUGGGUGGAAGCAACAACUCGGGAAGCUCACAUUUGCUGUCAAACAGCAUUCUAAAUAGAGGGGAAGAGGGCAUUAGUAAUAGUAGUCAUUCUAGUCUUAGUCAUAGUACUGCAACGAUAACGCCAGCAUCGACGGCACCCACAGGAACAUCAUCUAGUGGUUGUUACCUACCAAGUCCAUCGACUCGUUAUACUCCUCACUGGCGACCACAUCAUCAUCAACACCACCAUCACAAUCAACAACACGGUGGAUCACAUCAUGGUCCUUCGGGAGGAGCAACUCCAUCGUCAUCAUCAUCCAUGGUUAGCCCUAUGAGAUCACGUUCUCUAAGUUCGAAUUCAAGCGAUUCUGAUGUUCCUGGACAAUCAUCAACCGGUAGUCCUUCGUUAGAAGAACGCAUACGUACGUUGGAUGAAAUGUAUGAACGUUGGUCAGGGGGAGGUACGAGCAGCAGCAACAUAGCGAUCGGAUCUAAUGUAGUUAAGCGUCACGAUUUUAACCACACACCGCCAACAUGGCAACAUCAUCGUUCUAAUUCGCAAUCAGAUUCGCAUCAUAGCAGUAACAGUGAUGUAAGGUCCAACGCCACACCCUCAACACCUGCCAGUCGCCCCAAAUUUCUUGACAUCGAUGUGAAUGAGAUGCAACCUUCUGACAUUGUCAAAUCGGUUUUGGCGAAAAAAUCGAUUUUCGAUGAUGAUUUACAAAGGUUAAAGAAAAACCAUUGGUAUGAACCAAGUACGGAUUCUUCACAACUAACUAAGGCUAUUAUGGGAGUUUGCACCUCACCGGGAUUACCAAAUCUACAGGCUACAAAAACACCUGUGGUGGGAUGCACUACAAGUAUAACUGGCUCAGGAACUGUGAGUUCGUUAAAUAAACCAUCCGGUGCUCUGUUGCAACGUUUAAGCAGUCUAUCGCCAAUGAACUCACCACAAGCCUCAAUGUCACCCUACAAUAGUCCUUCACCAUCGCCUUCUGUAACCCUUAGCAGUGUCGCAUUGGUCUCGAAUACCACUAUGACAAAGGUGUUAGGAAUAAGUAGUAGCGGCGGUGGUAACCCCGGCUCGCAAACUCCUAGCGCUACAUCAGCCCUUUCAACAUCACCAGCUGCAAGUGGAGGGACAAAAUGCCUGCAAUAUCCUUUCCCCACGCAUCCACCAUUACCAAAUACAGCUGCUCCAGUGCAAAGUGCCCAACCAAUACCUCCACCUCCGGCCGAAAGUUCGAAGCCUUGUAUAGCUCAACCGCCUUUACCUCCAAUGGAGGUAUUACAACCACCUCAACCGCCAGCAACGUCGCCUACAUCUUCCGCGAUGACAUCUGGAUCAUCCACAAAGCCAAAGACCUCAGCUCUUUCUAAAAGUUUAAGUGUACCGCCACCGACACCAUCGACGGCAACGGCGGAAUCACGAAUUUUCACCAAAUCAGUAUCAGUUCCUGGCAGUACAAACUUGGGGACAGUAAAAUCCACUGCUGAUACUUCAGCGGUGAGUCUCACAGCUGCUCCUCAUUUAGAACAAAACCAACCUCAACAAACAACAACCGGUAGUAGUUCCUUACACCCCUCAAAGUCUCACAAAGAAGAUACAAUUGUAAAACCUCCUAGCCACACUUCGUCCUCUUCCGCCUCUACCUCCGAUAACGCGGUUAAACGAGGUGAGAAAUCGCACAAACACAAUCAUCGCAGCAGUGAGGAUAAGAAAUCAUCGAAGAAUGAUAGAAGAAAAAACUCGAAUUCUUCACAAACGCACUUAUCUCAAGCAUCGGCAGCCGAGUCGAGUGAUGCCGACGAACAUGACAGCAAAAAAGAACGCAAAGAGCGACAGGAGCGACAGGAGCGACGCGAAAAAGAGCUCCGGAAACAACAAGAACGCGAGGAACGUGAAGAAAGAGAACGAGAAGAACGUGAGCGAGAAGAAAAAGAAAGGCUGGAAAGAGAACGGCUGGAGGCAGAACGUCUCGAGAAAGAACGCCUAGAAAAAGAAAGACUUGAACGGGAGCGUUUAGAAAAGGAAGAACGUGAGCGCGUUCAACGUGAAAAAGAACGCUUGCGCAAAGAAGAAGAGCAAAGGGCAAAAGAAGAACGUGAACGUAAAGAAAAAGAGGAAAAGGAGCGUAAACUCAUUGAGCAGAGAGAACGUGAAGAAAAUGAAAGAAGAGAACGCGAAGAAGCCGAACGUCGCGAGCGCGAAGAACGGGAAGAACAAUUGCGUAAAGAGCGAAAAGAGAGAGAAGAACUUGAACAAAAAGAAAAAGAGAAACUCGAAAGGCAACGUAUGCGUGAGGAAAAAGAACGUGAACGUAAAACUCAGGAGGAAGCCAAUACUGAAAAUAAACGUGAUAUUAAUCUUCUAAAAGAACAUCAACGACGCAAAGAAAAUGCAGCCAGUCAAAACCAAGCUAAAACUGGUAAUGACAUGGGUAAUGCCACAAGUCAAAGCGCUCAUGAAUUCUUUCGCCAAGGUGAAACAGAACGCCAAAACAAUAAGGAGAACUCCACAGAAGAAUCUCCAGCUUUGGAUACAGCUUCUGCAAGUAGUAAACACAAAAAUCGUAAAACUUCACGUAAUACAUCGCCAGUGAGACAUCCAAAACGCAGACUAAGUUCCCAGGACAGUAACGCCAGCAAUAGUGCUGCUUCGACGGCAUAUGCUCACACAGACGAUCAUGCUAAACGUAUGCGUAUAGAUUUACAAACGAAUGCUAGCCAGAAUCAACCAACGGUCAAUAAUCACAAUGCUGUAAAUAAUACCAUUAAUGAGAGACGCGAUUCUAAAGAACACCAUGCUAAGGAACGUAGCAAUAAACAUACUCGCGUGACAUCAUCGACACACAAGCCGGGUAAUAUUGCAAAUCAAACCAAUGAAAAAGAACACAAUACAAAACAUCACCGUAAUAAGCAUCAUCAUAAAGCCCAAGCAACAAGUCAGGGAACUAGCGAAUCAAACGAUGUUAAUCUAUCUAAACUAGAAACAGAACAUGUAACAUCUAACUGCAUGUCUAAAACAGAAGAUGAACAACAAAAUACUGACCAUGACAUGGAGCUUAAGCCUAAGAUUCCUCCUUUACUUUCCUCAGACGAAGAAGAAGUCUCUGAAACUCCAAGUACGGCAACCCAACAUCAUAAUAAAAACGUUUCAAGUAAUCAUAAGCAUAGAGAGCAUGGUAGCGGUCAUCACAGUCGACAUAAGAGUAACAAACGCGAACGUGAACACCACCGCGAGAAAAAGAGACAUUCCUUAUCUGCAGGAACUCCAAAUUCAGCAAAUGCAAAUGAAUUAGUGCCUUCCACGCCUCCUUCCGCAAAUUGCAACGUUACCGAUGAGGAAACUAUACCAUCAGCUACAAACCAAUUAGCUCACAGACGAUCAUCUGGCCACGGUACAGGCUUCGAUAUUAAUGCAAAAAGCAAACAUGAUGUGUCUGAUAGAAAAAUGUCUCGAUGUUCGGAAGAUAGUAGUGGCAUACAUCCACAGACUCCAACACACCGUCAAAACAACUUAAAUAAAAGUACACCUCAAUCCUCAUCAAGAAGAGUGCUUCUCAGUUCGGCCGAAGACACUGACGGUGGUGGUGGUGGAGUUGCUGGCAUGGGUGCCGAUGAUGACGACGAUUCCGAUAAUCGACAACAUUCAAUAUUUGAUAUACCCGAUGACGGGCCUUAUGUCUCCAUGUAUGACAAAGUAAAAGCAAGAUCAUGUAAAAACAUGCAAAAGCAAGAGGAGGAAAAGAAAAUAAAAGCUAAAUUUUCCCAACUUAAACAAUCGCGUGCUAAACGUGAGGAAAAGAAAAGAUCGACAAGUUAUGAUGGUGACUCUGACUCAGAUUUUGAUGGGGCAAGCAGUGAACAUCAGAAACAACACAAUCGCAGUGGAGGCUCUUAUAAAAUGCUUUCCGGUGGUUUAUCGUCAACUGAUGAUGAACAUGAUAUGGAAGCUGGUGGUAAAACACCAAGCAGGGAGAGAAGACGAAGCUCUCAAGCUUCUUCUUCAGCAAACUCCAUGCAUCCAAAUCGUGUUUGCUCGGAUUCUGAUGACAACUCCGUCACCCAGAGACGUCUUAAAUUGCAAGACAAUCUAAGACGUUUAUGUGACGAUGGAGAUGAUACUUCUGAAGAUGAUUUAAUAAGACGCCAUAAUAGUGGUCUGGCUAACAAACGUUUAUUGCAUCAUACAUCUCGCAUAGCUUCAGAUUCUGAAUCUCAGUCCCAAUCGGCAGUGGAUAUUAAACUAAAACAGGAGCCUUUGGAAACGUCAAACGAUGGUACUACUACCCCUGUGCUGAAGCAUUUGAAGCAAAGAAUUAAGAAAGAAGUCGAUGCCAUGGAAGCAUCUGGUGAAACUGCAGAUUUCAAUGAGUUUAAGUUCAAGAGUCUAAGCUCGAUGUGCUCAUCUGCUGAUGAGCAAUCCAAUAUCAAGUCUGAAAGUACUGGUGAACUUUUAUCUGCUAAUGAAAUUAAGAAAGAAUCUAAAGAUUACUAUGCUGAUGAGUAUCUGCAAUCUGAACAGAAAUUCAACAAGUCUCCAAUGGCAUCAGCUUCCCAACAUUGUUCUCCGGAACAAGCAAAAAUAAAGAAGCACAAAAAGAGCAAGAAACGGCAGAAAACUCCUACCCAGGAUUCGGUGGCUAAGGAACAUAUUUUGGAAGAUAAUUUGGUCAAACAUACACCUCAAGCCACUAAUGCCGCCUUUUUGACUAUUUCGAAUGAUACAAAAAAUAGCAAACUUUUGACAUCGCCUUGCUAUGAUGCAUUCGACGAACUGAAACGUGGUGACACAUUGGUAACCCUUACUUCUCCAGAUUUACAAAUAACAGCAGAAAAGAAACGUCACAAGGAACGCAAGGAGAAGAAGCGUGAAAAGCUAAGACACAUGAGUGCUGAUGUGGGUUCUGGGGUAGAAUUGGAUAAAAUGAUUUACGAAAAAGAGAAACAUCGUUUAAAGAAAUCGAAAAAAUCCAAGAGUUUAGAUGUGAUGCGUCAAACUUCGACUACCACACAAAGUGUGGGCUCUACGGUGAGUGCUCAAGAACAGCUAUUGUCUACUGUACCAGCAGCUUGCACACCUCAGCAUAAGCAGCGUAGUGGUGGUGAAAAAAUGGAAGAUAUAUUUGGUCCCAUUUCGGAUGAGGACGAUGAAGAUCUAUCAGAUAGCGAUAUUGGAGCAAGAGAUUUGAAUUGUAUAACCAAUCGUAAUAACUCGUCAUCAAACAUGCCAGGACCUAUCGUAUCUGCAGCACUAAAUCCAUAUAAGCAGGAACCACUGACACCGAAAUCUCAUACAGUAGAAGAGAAUGAGGAAAAUAAGCAAAAGCUAACAUGUAACACGCUAAUUGGUGCUUCAGCCCAUUUAGAACGCGUUGCGGAAAGGCAACAUCGUAAGGAAAAGCGAGAAAAGAAACGCAAAGAACGUGAAAAGUCGCGCAGCUCUGAACAAAAUCAAUCUAUCGGCUUUAUGCCUUCCCCAGCAGUAUCAACAGCUAAACCAAUGGAAGACGAAAACAGUGUGGAUUUAGAUGCAGCCGGCCGAGCAUUGGAAGCUCAGCUUAUGGAAGAUUCUGAUAAUAAAACUGUAGAGGAUGCUACACCUUCUACUGCCAACACAUACCGCAGUGAUAUAACAGAUGUUUUCCUCUUCUCGGACUGUGAUGAGAAUUCACUAGAAAUGUCCUCCACAAAUAAACAUGAGAAAAAGGAAAUUGAAAAGGAGCACACCACUAGCGUUGGAUGUAAAAAUAAAGAGAAAAAGAAAAAGAAGAAGCGUUCUAAAGAGGAGAAGCAAUUGCAUCAUCAGAGACGUGAAUCUUCUUCAUCGAAUGCCUCACAGUUGGCGUCAACAAUGGUGGCUCCUUCUACAUCGACUACCACUAAACUUACAAUUGAUGUCCAAGCUGCGACAAAGCACGCUCAAAAAUCAACCGAAGAACAUUUGCCAAGUUCGUCUUCACCUCUGUGCAAACCAUCACCUUCAUUGCCAUGUCUCAUAGGAGACGAUGAUGAUGAUUUAAAUGCAUUACAGGGAACUAAAUCAACACCAAAUACAUCCUUAACGAAUGUUACCAGUUCAGUUUGUACAACACCUCAUCGUUCAUCUUCCAAAGACAUGCUUACCUUGUCACCCCACAUGAAAGAUAAACAAAUGAUAAGUCCUAUACCCAAGACACCUACGAUAAACAGCAAUAGUUGUCUUAAUACCUCAGAGAAUUUGAAUAAGGUUGAAGUAACGACACCAAGCACUCCCACUUCAUCAAUGAUGGGCUCGGCUGAUAAUGCAAACACUAAUUUGAUUACAACUCCAACGUCUUCCACAGCUGCAGCUGCCAAAAUCCUCAAUAAAUCUAAUGAUUCAUCUGCAAGUUCGAAUAUAAUGGAUUCGCCCUCUUCAUCUUUGCAUACCACGCAACAAAAGAAAAAACCAGAAAUAUUUAUACCUGGAUUUGAUGGCGAAAUUGAUGAACGCAUUAGUGAAUCAGCUGUACAGUCAAUAUCCGCUGAAUUCAAUCCUCCUCUAGAUCCCAUGGCCGAUGAACCGAAAAUUCCAGUAGAAUCGCCACCUGAUGCUUCGAAAUUAGAAAAACUUGAGGAAUCGAAGUCAAGGGUAACAAUAUCGCAAGAGGAAACCGAAAGUGCCGUUUCGGCCUUGCUGGGAGAAAGCUUUGGUAAUUCCUCGGCCGACUAUUCAUUCAAUGAUGACGACGAUGGCCUGGAUGAUUUAAAUAAUGCCAUCACAGAUCCUGAACCAGUUAUGGCACCAGGUGAGCCCGACGAAGAGGCUGCCUUGGCAGCAAAAGCCAUUGAAUGUGAAGUAGCCAGUUCGGCCAUUACAGAUACUGUCGAAGAAGAUACUGAAGAGGUAUGCAAAGCUAUACAAAGUUUAAGACAGGAAGAGCUUGACAUCAAAGCCGAUACACCACAGUCAGUUAGAGAUUUACAAAUCGACACCGAUACCGAAGAGAAUGUGGACGAGGCCGAUAGCAGUGGUAGUCACAGUUUAAAAAUAGAUGAAACUGCACAAUCGAACAACAGUUCAACUGCAUCGGACAAAGCCAAUACAACAGCAAAUCAAACUGUGGAUGAGCCAGCGCAACCAUCCACCACAGAAACUGAAGUAAAAACUGAACCCAAGUCAUCAGUUAUAACAAAAGUAGAGUCUCCGAUUAAGACACAACCAAACAAUAACUCUACUAAUGAACCAAAAAUAGAACCUCCUACCAUAAGUAAACAAGAUCAGCCAGCAGUACAACCAGUACAGGCUGUUAUGUCGCCAGCGGCAUUGGAAGUAUCUGUAGCGUCGACCGUAUCAACAUCUACGGUCGUCUCGAGCUCAAGUAUGUCGACAUCAAUAAAUACAACUACUUUGGCAGGUGGUGUCAGUAUGUCUUACACUUCUACGCCCAUUAAGACUUCCAUAACGUUUGCACCCACUUCUACUAGUUCAUCAACACCGAAACAAACACAUUUGCUAACAGGGAAAUCAAUUACUUCAUCCACUUCUCCUGCUGGUUAUGUCAUGCAACCACCAACCAUAACAAUACCAGAACCUUCGACACACUUUGUUGUACCACAAUUAGUGCUGUCACCGAGAGGAGUUGUUACUACUGCUCAUCACAACGAUUCAUCCUCGUCCUCCUCAGCUUCAAUGCAUUCACCAAGUGGACAUCACAUGCCACCGCAAUCGCCGGUAGGUGCUACUUAUAUAAUGGGGGUAAGAGCACAAUCACCUCACAGUCCUAGACAACAUACUUCUCGAGGUAAUACACCAACACCUAGACAGCCCAGUCCUCACACUCCUACACCCACACCACCACCGAUUGCAGUAACACCUCAACAUCAGCAACAACAACACUUACUAAUACAGAGAACGGUGCAGCAGCAUCAACAAAACCUAAUGUCACCACCGUCUCAGGGGCAUGUUUCACAAAAUAACAGCCCAUUGGCAAGUCCCACAUUGCAACAACGUCAAAUUGCUCAAGGCGUAGCUAUACAUAAGGUAACACCCCAGCAACAACAGCCAUCACCGAAUACUCCUGACCAACAUAUGAUUAAAAUAAAUAACUAUUCAACACCACCAUCACAAACACUGAAUAUGGUGAAUAUACGCAUACCCCCGGCUUCCCCACAACAACAACAUGGUCAACAGCCAUCUCCACAGCAGAUGAGUCAUAGUAAAAGCGUUAUUGAUCAACAGCAACAACAUGUACCAAUGGGUCAACAUAUACUGCCUAUUUCGGUGCAAAAAAUGCCUCCUGUACCGACACACCCCACAAUUAUCAGUAAAGUUGUGACUGUAACACCACAACAGGCUCAGCAAUCAAUGAUGCAAUCUAGUCCUGGUGGUAAUUUAUAUUCGCCUUCAUCAACUAGUGGCAGCGGUGCAAAUCAGUCAAGACAAACUUCACAGGUUUUACAGCAAAUUGGUGGUAAGACAUUGCAUCAGCAACAAUCGUCUCAAAUUCAGUUUAUGCAACAACAACAGCAGCGGCAACAGCAACAGCAACAUAUGAUGCAAAUGCAACAACAACAAAUAAUGCAUCAACAACAAAAGCUUCCACAGCAACAACAAACAUCAAUGCUAUCUCAACCGCAGACACAACAGCAACAACAACACCAUCAACAACAACAACAACAGUCUCAACACAAUUUUGUUGUCUCUCAACAACGAAAUCUACCUUCACCCCAACAAAUGCAACAACAACAGUCGCAGAAUACCCAACAACUGAAAGUACAAUAUCAGCAACAUCAAAUGUUGGCUCCUUCACAACAGUCUCCAACCCAACAACAACCACAACAAACAGCAAAUGUUAUACAAAAUUCAACGUUGCCGCAAAGAUUUUUGGUACAGCAACACAUUGUUGGUUUGUCACCGCAACAGCAGCAACAACACUCUAGCUCCCAUCAGCAAUCUCAAGCAAAUUCUUCACCGAAUCAAUUACAUAAUUCAAGUACACAACAACAAAAACCAAAUGCAAUCUUUGGAAAGCAUCAACAACAGCAGCAGCAACAACAUCAUCUUUUGCAGCAAAGACAACAAUCACCAUCACCGCAUAGAAUGCUACAACAACAGCCGGAGAUUAUAAAAGAAUCUUCUCGAGUUAUUAUGUCUACUAAUCAAUCCGUUCAGCAAACCGAGCCACUAGCAAUGACACCAACAGUUUCAAAACCAAAUGUUGACAAGCAAAGCUGUUCUCCCACUACAUCAACGGCACAAGGAAAUAAGCCUACAGAAGUAGUAUCGGUUAUAAGAACACCAACACCUACAACAACAGCAACAUCACCAAUAAUCUCUACACUUACGCCAAAUACUACCAUGGCGUCUAAUAAAGAAUCAGCCACAACAACAGCCGCUACAAACACCUCACGUUCUGUACCGUUAACCGAGGAGAAUGUGAUAAAAAUUUCACCACCAAAACAUGAUGAAAUCGAGCAAGAUUCUAAAGAAGACAGUGACUAUUGGUCAGCAAAGGAAUUGAAUAUGGUUGAAGCAAAUAACACAUCUAAUUCCAAUGCUAAUGUUGUGAGUACGGUCAUCAAAAAGAAUGAAUCCAUUACCUCUACGGAAACAAGCCUUUCAACAUCAGCAAGCUCAAUACAACCGUCUAAUACUAAAGAACAAGAAACUAAAUCUUUCCAAACGCAACUUAAUAAAGUCGACAAUAAACCAUCCACUCAUCAGCAGGCAAAGAGUGAUGUUGGUACUGUUACUGCUGCAGAAUCACAAGGUAAUUCGACAGCAAAUAUAGUAACAACAACUAAUACCACCAGCUACUCGCAAUCUCAAUCUGGUAAUGUAACAACAGAUCAUGAUACCGAAGACGAAACAGAAACCCAACAAAUGCCAGCAUUUGAGCAGGUACCAAUACAAGGCAGACCUAGUACUAGAGGUACAGGUGCUAAACGUGGUCGUCAACCUAGGGGUGGUAAGAAAGCAGCCGCUGCUAAUAUCAGCAAUACUCCAAUAAAUACAAAUGUUAACACACAACAGUUGCAAACAGAAUUGGGCGCAGCUGCUGGAGUACAGACCCGUUUGCGUAAACCAAAUACUGCCACACCAGCUACACGCGGACGCAAGGGUAGACCACCCAGGAAUUUGUUGUUACAGCAACAACAAUUGCAACAGCAACAUCAACACCAUGAACAGCCAACACCAACAUCUCAAACAUCAUCUCCAAUUAGUAUUCCAUCUACAACGUUGUCAAAUGUACCCUUAGUCACAACUGCUCCGGUUCUAACUGCAGCUGAAAAGAAAGCUCGUAGUCAAGCGGCAGCAGCUGCUGCAGCCUUGGCUUCAUUAUCUGAAAAUAAUCAACAGCAACAACAAGAUGUUUAUGAAUUCCACGAUGAAUCGGGUGAUGAAGCUAAAACAACAACAACAGCAGCACUUUCUACCACCACAACAACAUCAACAACUUCUACAAUCAGUAGUGAUCAUCGGCCACGCUUGAUUUUGACCAUUAAAAGUCCAGCACCAGGUUCAACACCUUUGGUUAAAGCUUCCGAGAAAGCAGUUAACAUAGAACCAACCACUGUGAAACCACUUAACGAAUCAACAACAGCUCAACAGUCUAGCGGUUUGUCAGAGAAUUUACCAAAUAUUACACAGUCUGCUAUUCAACCAGCAAAUCAGAGCACAGAACCUACUGUAGCUGAAUUAGCUGCUGCAGCCAAUACACGCAAAUCACGUCGUUUAUUGGAAAAGGACCGUAGCACAAUUGAUGAUAUAAUUGAGGAUGUGGUUAGAAAUACUGCAACAAAUGCUGCUGGCGGUAAUGCUAUUGCAUUAGCAGCCACUGCGACGAAUGUUUUAGCAAACACUCUUCCUAAAGGCGCUCAAACUCCACCGCGACGUUCUGGACGUAAUUCUGGACAAUCGAAGCCUACAAAACCAGUUGAAGCUACACAAACUACAUCUGCCCAUCCUACUGGUAGACCUAGAAAGUCCAAGGAUCGUAAGAAUACCAAUGAAUUGGAUAAUGAGCAAACUCCUUCGCCUCAACCAAAACAUUUAGUGCACGAUAUAAGCGAUGUAGAAGAUGCAAAAUCUGUUAACACUCCACCGCCAGCUGAUGUAAUAAAUGUACAGCCAACACCGCAGCAACAGACACAAUCCACACAAGUUGCCACUGGCAACAUGUCGUCAUUACAGCAACCACUUACACCACAGCAGACUACAAUAACUUCUGCACCCUCAGCAAGUAUACCACAACAUCCCAAGAAGAAAGCUUUGGCAGCCGCAGAGAUUGAAUCAUAUCAGUCUUCUAACACGACAACAACUGCAACAACAACACCUAAUAUACAUUCUGCUUUACCAGCUGGUGGAGUACCUAUGCUAAAUACUGCCGCUCCGGCAACACAAAAAACUACUGGUGGUGCAGCAGAUUCCGUAAAUAAACCCUUAAUAGAUCCCGUCACAGGUGUUGUAUCUGGAUUACAAAUGCAACAGGCCAAAGAGGGCAAUUUACCGUCAGCGACUGCUGCCUCACAACCCUUACGUGGUCCCAUGGAUCCUAAGAAAAUGAUGCAAGCUGCAGCAGCGGCGGCAGCUGCAGAAAGUAAUGCUCUCAAUAGUAAAUUACAAAAUACAUCUGCUACUCAAAUUACUGCUCUGACAAAGCAUCAGCAACAGCAGGUAGAGGGGGCUGCAGUUACUCAGGUGCCGGCUUCUACAGUUGCUACUGCUAUGUUGAACAAAUCUGUUAGCGUUGUGGUUAAAACUUCAACACUCUCACCUACACAAACACCACCACCGCCAAAUAUUGGUAUACAACAACAUUUGCAACAGUCACAGCAACAGCAACAACAGCAGCAACAACAUAUACAGCAGCAAAGACAAGAUAUUGGAACUCCCCAGAAACAACCCAUAAUAAUGCAUCAACAGACAAGUUCUGUAAUGCAUGCCCAACAUACUAACGUCCGUCCACCCACCACUCUUAAAGCUCAUGUACUAAAUAGUCAAAAAUUGCAACAGCAACAAACAAGUCAUCAACAAUAUAUGCAACAGCAGCAGCAACAUCAAAUUUUACAACAGCAACCAACAACAACUCAGUCGUCUGGUAGUGGAGCUCAUGUCAUACAAAAUACCAUUGUACAAAGACCAUCUCUAGCAACAGCUAAUCAGCAACAACAACAAUUGCCACCAGCCAACAAACAGCUAUUGGUCAAUAUACCAACAUCAGCGGCCACUCAUGCUUUAAAUUCACCACGACAUAUUCCCCAACACACACAGCAGCAACCACCUCAGACAUUAUCGUCAUCACAACAGUCUUUGGUUAUUAAACAGGCUCAUGACAUGCAUACACCACAAGUUCUACAUGUGGUCAGUUCAAAAACGUCAGCGCCUACAACACAAACUAACAAACCUCUACAAUCAGCAUCCACGCUACAUCAACACCAACCGCCCAAUGCAUCACCUCACCCAUCCUAUACCACUUACAUACAAACACCAACUGUAGGAGUUCAUUCUAAGCAACAACAACAGCUGCCUCAAAAACCAGUUGUUAUACACCAACAAACCAUUGGAGUACCGCAGAAAAGUUCGACAACACCUUUGGUUAUGCCACCGGGAAUUUUGGGUUUACCUCCCCAUUCCGCAAUGGUUAUACAAACGAAAACAUCUGCUCCAGCCCAAUCACCAUCAUCUUCUACAUCUCCCGCAACUCCAGCAGCUGCUCAUUUACAACAUGCAAAUCAACAUACACCAUCACCUCCCUUACAGCCACCGCCGCCUCAACAUUUGGUUAAAUCAUCGAGUAAUCCAAUGAUUCAUAGUUUACAAGCACAAGGAGUAUCACAUGUCUUAAAUACUGUGGCCUCGCCUUCACCACCUUCAGCCGUCAAGCCAAAUACCCAACAAUCUCAGUCGAUAGCAACCAAUGUGGGAGCUUCCAGUUUGCGCACGGCCAUACCAACAAUUAGUCCACAAAGUCAAGCCCGUAUAGGUUCUAUAUUGUUACCGGGAGGCAUGCAAGUACCGCCACAUUUCGAAACUAGUAUGCAUGAUAUUGCUAACUAUGGUAGUGCUGUAGCAGGCAGUGUACGUACUACACAAAGUCCUCCGCCAGCACACCAACAAGCUUCACCUAUAACACCGAGUGAAGCCUCAUUCCCCGGAGGAAUAGGUAGAGUGGGUGUUCCUACACGUGAACACUUGAUGAUUUAUCAACAACUAUUGCGCCAACAUGAUCCUUUAAAUCCGGCAGCUUUGCGAGAAUACGAUGAAAAGCUCUUGGGUAGUAGUCCACCUUUGGAAUUGAGAAGACCCGGUAGUGUGCCAAGAACCGUAGCUGUACCUCACAGUCUACAAAGUCCACAAGAUCGGGCAACAGAUUCUCCUCAAGUGGCGCAAGUGUAUGUACACAAUACACGUAUACCAGCCCAUACGCAUUAUGAUGUUACGGGUCGUGCUGGUGUUGCAGCGCAACCUUCACCCUAUUAUGAUGCUUCAAGACAAAUAUCCCUAGAACCACCACCGGCUCAUAGAUCGGCUCCUGUACAUAGUGUUGUCGCACCACCGCCCACAGUUGUUGUUCCCCAUCCUACAGCCGGCAGCAGUAGUCCAUUUAUGCCUGCUGCUCCACCAGCAACUGCCGUUCAACCAACUCCUUCUUCCGUGCCUCCUACACAUCAUACCAAAUUAUUGGAACGUGAAAGAGAGCAGCGUGAACGAGAACGUGAACAACAAUUGUUGCGUGAAAAAGAACAAAUUAUGGUUAGAGCUGGAGCUGAUGCCCAUAAUAUGCAAGUGGCAACACCACCACCACCAUCUCAUCAAUUACCGCCCCAUGGCCAACAACCACCACCUCCGCCUCAAGCAGAUUCUUUGCUGACACUGCUACAACGUUAUCCCGUUAUGUGGCAGGGAUUAUUGGCUUUGAAAACCGAUCAAGCGGCUGUUCAAAUGCAUUUCGUUUUUGGUAAUCCUCAUGUAGCUCGUGCUUCAUUGCCCUGCAAUAGUGAUGGUAGUACACCUCCUUUACGUAUUGCCCAACGUAUGCGUUUGGAACAGACUCAAUUAGAAGGUGUUGCGAAAAAGAUGCAGUUUGAAAAUGAACAUUGUAUGUUGUUGGCUUUACCCUGUGGACGUGAUCAUGCCGAUGUCCUGCAACAGUCACGUAAUCUACAAUCCGGUUUUAUAACCUAUUUACAACAAAAAAUGGCAGCUGGUAUUGUUAAUAUACCAAUGCCAGGAAGUGAACAAGCUGCUUAUGUUGUGCAUAUAUUUCCAUCAUGUGAUUUUGCUAAUGAAAAUUUAGAAAAAGCUGCACCAGAUCUUAAAAAUCGUGUAGCUGAUAUAGCUCAUCUAUUAAUAGUGAUUGCUACGGUUUAAAUUAUAAAUACAAGAUAGGAAAAUGUUAUUUAAACUUAAAUACCUGCCAAGACUUAAAAUAUUAAAAAAAAAUUGACAAAAAAAAACUCUACACUACACUGACAAAAAAAAGAACUUUUAAA